AUGUCAACCCCGACGCUUUCAGAGCGCCCGCGCAAGCGCCGCGCCAUCAAUGCGUGCAUCCUUUGCCGCAAAUCAAAGGUAAGGUGCGAUGGUGGCCGGCCGUGCCAGCGCUGCACAAGAAAUGACACAGAAUGUCAAUAUUUUGACGCUGUUCGUGAUGGGAAUGAGCUGCGGAUUGAGAGGCUAGAAGCUGAGGUAGAGGACCUGAAGGCUGCGAUGCACAUUGUGCAUAUGUCGGAACAUUGUGCCAGCAACACUUCUCCUCAUGAUCACCGCUCAGUCGCAGGUUCGGCCAGUGAACCACAGUGGAAAAGUCCCAGUAUGAAAGCCAAUGCGGUGCAGGCAGGCUUAGUGACGUGGACGCAAGCGACCUGCUGGUACCAAAGCUUCUUCAGUGGUAGCAAUUAUCUGAUUCCUGUGUUCUGCACGUCGAUCGAUACAUUGGAGUCGGUCGUAUCACGAAGCCCUUUUCUAUUCGAUUGCAUCAUCAGUGUUGGCUGUCGGGCUGAAGAAGGAUGCAAUUCGUCAACAUAUCACCGCUUGCAGUCUCGGCUUCGAGAGCACUUGACUGACGUUUUGGUCACUACCCAAAUCCCAUCUCUUGAGAUGAUUCAAGCCAUUACAGUCAUGGCUGGUUACACUGAAAAUGGAAUGCUGCUAGUGGCCCUGGCGCUGAGGUUCGCUAUGCAGCUACGUCUGGAGGAUGCCGUGGAACAGCUAAUGGACAAGAUAUCCACACGGAUGGCUCCAAUCAGUGACGAAGAAAAGCAGCUCUACCGACUUGCGAGAGUGUGGCAUGGUGUAUGCAAUUUUGAGCUCUUUUUUGCCCUUGAUGGUGGCAAAAUGCCAGCGACAAAUCUUCGCACCACAUCUCGGCGAGUUCGAGCCUUGGUCAACCACCCCUCGAGAACGUCUACAGAUAUUCGUCUACUUUCGCAAGUCGAGCUCAACAUCCUCCGCUCCAACGCAUAUGUUAGCAUCGCCCGCCAUUCCAGGAAUUUGGACGAGACAUCACUGCGCUCCACGGUCCGUGACACCGCCAUCGAACUCUCUCUCUGGCUCGAAGAAUGGAGCACGCUCAUCUGUUCAGACACCGCUGCUCCUGAUCGGCCGCGCGCGAUGACUAACCUCCGGAUACAGUACGAAUGGGCACUCAUCACACUAUAUCUCAAGGCCCUCUCCGUCUUUGGAAAUCUCCUUAUGACAGACUUCCAACGCGAGAUGGUGCGCUCAGCAAAAGAAGCCGCAGUGCGGCAUCUGCAGCACCUCCUCGAAACCCCGUCAACACCGUCCUCACCCAACCCAUUAUCGCCCACCCAGCCCCCUCCGCCAACGUAUCUGUCGACGUUCAAAUGGGCGAUCGACUUUGUAUGGGCAAAAUGCGCAUUCUCGGUCCUCCUCGUGCUUAAGCUGUCGUUGCUGCUCCGCGAUCCUUUACCAUCAAUCAUCCUGCUUCUGCGCGAUGCACACCAAGUGCUUGAAGAGCUGCACAAGAUCACCGUCGGGCACAUUGCGUACUUUCAGAUACUGCAGACUAGUGUAGAGAAGUGCGAGGGUGCGCUGAGGGAACAUAUGGCGAGGCUGCAGCAGACACAUGGUGGUGAGGGAGGAGAGAUGACUGGCAGGGGAAACGCAGAAGAUGAUUUCCAGGAAUAUGCGCCGAGCGAGUUUGUUUUUGAGUGGGACUUCCCUGGGUUGAACUUGAGGCAUGUACCGCUUGGGUGGCAGGACUUGUUCGUUGAUCUGGACUCUGUGCUGUGACAGCACGACAACCUCCUACACCCUAGCAAUGCUGGGCAAAUAUCACGAUCGCUGACAUCGACCCGAAAAGAGACCGCGUUAAGAAGAACGACCUGUCUCGAAAUUGAUGAGGUCGAACGGCGACAGAGACGUCAGGAUCAGCUUACCUACACCCAUCCGGAAUUGUCGGAUGUCUAGCACGUGCCGAGAACGCAAUUCCGGU